UUGAAGGAUCAUUAAUAGUUGAAGAAUCAUUAAUAGUUGAAGAAUCAUUAAUAGCUGAAGGAUCAAUAUUUAACAUAGGUUCUUCGUGGGCAAGAGGAAGAAAGAAAGGAUUUGAGAAGGCUCUCGACACUGGGCGUAAGUUGAUGUUGAGU